AGAGAGCAGUCUAAUGGAAUAAAUUUUCCUCAUUUGAUUUGCCUAAUGACUCGGCUUUUUUCGUACUCCGCGCUGACGUAGUCGUAAGCAGCUUACAGUGCUCGAAAUUACGCACUGUCUUUUUUCGUAUCUUCACAAUCUAAGUUCCCCUUCAUUGACCAUGCCUGCGAAAAAAGAAGGAAUCAAAUCUUAUUAUCAAGCUAAAAUUGAAGAAUGCGAGCUGAUUAUCAAUGAUAAAGCUCAAGAUUUGAGACGCUUGGAAGCACAACGCAAUGCCCUCAACGCCAAAGUUCGUCUUUUGAAGGAAGAAUUACAGCUUUUGCAAGAACCCGGUUCGUAUGUCGGCGAAGUGGUUAAAGUGAUGGGCAAGAAGAAAGUUCUUGUCAAGGUUCAUCCUGAAGGCAAAUAUGUGGUCGAUCUUGCUUCCGGUAUUGACAUUGCACAGUUGACGCCUACGACACGUGUGGCUCUUCGUAACGAUUCGUAUCAACUUCACAAAAUCUUACCCAACAAGGUCGAUCCUCUGGUGUCGCUGAUGAUGGUGGAGAAGGUGCCUGAUUCCACUUACGAAAUGGUCGGUGGUUUGGAACAACAAAUCAAGGAAAUCAAGGAAGUCAUUGAAUUACCCGUAAAACAUCCCGAAUUGUUCGAAUCACUAGGUAUCGCUCAACCCAAGGGCGUUCUUUUGUAUGGUCCUCCUGGUACGGGUAAAACUUUACUGGCUCGAGCUGUGGCACAUCAUACCGAUUGUCGCUUCAUCCGUGUCUCGGGUUCCGAAUUAGUACAGAAAUAUAUUGGUGAAGGUAGUCGAAUGGUGCGUGAACUGUUUGUUAUGGCCAGAGAACAUGCACCGUCAAUUAUUUUCAUGGAUGAAAUCGAUUCAAUUGGUUCGGCGAGAAUGGAAAGUGGUGGAGGCGGUGAUUCCGAAGUACAACGUACGAUGCUUGAAUUGCUGAAUCAGUUGGAUGGUUUCGAACCUACAAAGAAUAUCAAGGUGAUCAUGGCGACGAAUCGUAUUGAUAUUUUGGAUGCUGCGUUGUUGCGUCCAGGCCGUAUUGAUCGCAAGAUCGAGUUCCCUCCGCCAAGCGAAGCCGCGCGAGCUGAUAUUCUAAAGAUCCAUUCGCGCAAGAUGAAUUUGACACGCGGAAUCAAUUUACGCAAAAUUGCCGAACGCAUGACAGGCAGCAGUGGUGCGGAAGUCAAGGGUGUGUGUACGGAAGCCGGUAUGUUUGCCCUGCGUGAACGACGUGUCCAUGUUACCCAAGAAGAUUUCGAAAUGGCGGUCGCCAAGGUCAUGAAGAAAGAUUCGGAUGCCAACACCAGUUUGAAGAAACUCUGGAAGUAAGAACGGGAAAGAGAACACAUUGUUCAAAUGAUUACUCUAGAGAAAGAACACUUCUUUCCUUUUUUUUUUAUCCGCAAAUAAAUUCAAGGCAUGACUCCCAAAAUAACAUGAGACGG